AUGUGGCUCUUGGAGAAAGCUGGCUACAGGGUGGGGACCGCGGAGCCCAGGGGCCGGUGGACGCCCGGCAGCCUGUUCCCGAAGCGCCGCACCCCGGGCCCGCCCGCACGCGCCUGCCCGAACGUCCUCACCCCCGACCGCAUCCCGCAAUUCUUCAUUCCGCCCCGGCUCCCGGACCCGGGGGGCGCCCAGCCCCAGCCCCAGCCCCGGCGCGAGGCGGGCGGGCGCGGCCUCCCUGCGGCCUGCUCCCUGCCGCACCUGGCGGGCCGCGAAGGCUGGGCCUUCCUGCCGGAGAGCCCGCACACGCGCCGGCGCGAGUCCCUGUUCCACUCGCCGCCGCCCACCCCGGCCGAGAGGCUUCGCCCGGCGCCGGCCCGGCUGCACGUCUCCACCCCGGACCUGCGCCUCUGCUGGGCCCCCGACAGCGACACGGCCUCGUCGCCCGACUCGUCGCCCUUCAGCUCGCCGCGGCCCGGCCAGGCCCGGGCCCGGCCGUCCAGGCCGCACUCGUUGUCCCCAGAGGAGGCGAGCUCGGCCGACACCAGCCCGUACGCCCCGCGCCGCGCGGAGCCGCCGCCGCUCUUCCACCUGGACUUCCUGUGCUGCCGGCUGCCGCCGACCAAGGAGAGCGUGCUGCGCCUCGGGCCCCGCGGCGGGCAGCUGCGGCUCUCCGCCGAGUACCCGGCCGGGCCCGGGCGGCUGCGGCUGCGCCUGGUCAGCGCCGAGGGCCUGCCCCGCUCGCGAGCCGGCGCCGGGAACGGCGGCGGCUGCUUCGUGGUGCUGGGGCUGCGGCCGCGCGUGCAGCCGCGGGGCCAGCGGAGCCGCGUGGUCAGGCGCAGCGCCAACCCCAUCUUUAACGAGGACUUCUUCUUCGACGGGCUCGGCCCGCCAGACCUGGCCGCCCGCAGCCUCAGGGCCAAGGUGCUGGACCGCGGCGCAGGGCUGCGCAGGGACGUGCUGCUGGGGGAGUGUGAGACGCCCCUGAUUGCCCUGCUGCCCCCCGUGGGUGGGGGGCUAGGUCCAGGGGCCUCUCUGGCGCCUGCUCAUCUCAGCCUCUAG